AUGGCGCUCAUCGCAAAGUGACUGUGUAAUUGCAUCUGAAUGUGAUCUGAUCGGUGGCCAGAGGAUGAAUCUAAAGUCAAAUAAACCCUGUGGACAACAAACGAUUUCAUAUAUAAAAUGGAAUGACAUUAUAAUUUUUUAGUUUCAAUAAAUAAAAUGAAUAACGUGAAUAACGUGACCAUAAUGAACGUUUCAUUAUAAAGGCUGGAGUGGAGACAAGUUGUUAAGUCAUAAAGAGGUCUAGCCAUCAAGCAAUAGACAUUCAAUACGUAGACGCCUCAUUAUGUGCUGGAGCGUAAUCCGGUGUCGUCGCCAUAUUGUAUAGGUCUCCUAACGCCAGUCUCGUGUAAGAGCCAAACGGAGUGUGCACUCUAGAGUUGAAAAAAAUCGGCACAGUAUUUAAAUCAUUUAACGUAAGAUUACGUUUAAGAUUAAAAAAUAAUUUUGGUUAUUUUUAAUGUGUGGCAGCGUCCUGUAUUAUAGCUACAUCUGUCGUUUGUAACAAACCACACAGCGUGAAAAUCGGGCAUAUAUUUGGAGAGAUAUGAUUAAUUAAUAUGGUUGGGCAUUCCCAGAGCCCUUGAAAUCGGUCUCUCACAGGCUCUGGGCAUUCCUUGCUACCUUAAUGCACGGAAGGCGCAUGGGGGACCCAUCAAAGAUGGUGACAGCGCCGAUACGUGAGCUCCAAUAGGCAGCGUCAGUCUAUGAGGUGCCUACGUACUAUGUCUAUGUGUUAACCCAUCAUCCAUCCAUCCAUCAAAAGCUUCUUCUUUCUUAUGUGUUCCUCGAGCCCCACACGGAAGUUACGACGGUUGCUUUGAUGCGUCUCAUCCGCGUGCCCCUCUUUUAAAUUCAAACUACGAGACCCCAAGACGAACCAAAGAGCACUGCGUAACGCAGGGAGGGAAGCAAUUCAGCCGUCCGAUUAUUUACACAGUUUGCUAGGCUAACAGAAAUUAAAAGAGGUAAUGUAUACUUAAAAAAAUUCUAAUCGUUUGGUACAAAACCUCACCAUACUUAUAAAUUAACAGUUGUUUUUCUGAAAAAGACGGGCCAAUCAUAUUUAUCAAAUCAUAUUAAUUUACCUCUCUGGCUGUAAAUUAGCUUAAGGGCUGGAUACGGCAAAAGCAUCGAUUAUUCCCCCGUACAUUGCUCCGUUAUUAGCUUACUUAGCUGAAAGUUUAAUCCCCUAAACUUUACAAAAUGUUUUCGGAAUUUUAUAAAUUCUUGAUGAGCUCGCAGGGGGGUAGAUGCAGCAAUUUUGAUUAAGAGUCUGAAAAGAAUUCGAACUAAACUAAUAAAACUUGGGCAUCAGAGUGAUUUAAUUUCGACUACAACAUAACUGAGCGUAUUUCCAAAGAAUUGCUGCUCACAGGUUGACAUCUUUUUAAGUAAAAUUUAUUCAAAUAGCUUACUCGGGUGGGCUCUAGUUUACUCUAAUAUAGCAGUCUUUCAGCCACAACUUAGCCGUAUUUUGUGCUGGUAUAAUAGGGUCAGUGUUAUGAUAUUUUUAAUGCUUCACAAAACUUAUGUUACUUAAAGACAGUUUAACUAAGAGGUAGUUGUGGCUCUGUUGUCUCUUAAUCGGAUGGUUGGGGUUUAACCCCAGGUCUUGCUGCCCACAUGAUCAAGUGUCUUGUUGGCAAGACACUUAACUCCAAUCUGUGUGUGUCUAGCAGUGUGUGAACGGUAUUGGUUAAAUCUAAUGGGCGCUUUACAUAACAGCCUUUGCCAUCAGUGUAUGGAAGUGUUUCGUGUGGUCAAAAGAGAAGUGCCAAACAAUCACAGUCCAUUUACUCGCCUUUUUCAAGAUUCAGAGAUGAUCACUUAUACCUGCUAAAACUAAUAACAGAAGAAGAAAAUAAAACAUUGGACUCCUCUCAUACAGACACACAAGACAUGUACAUCGUCACUCUGACACACCAACCCACUCUCCAUCCCCACCACCCCACCCCCAGCCUGAGGUGACACUUUCAUUUUAUGGUAGUAGCCAAUUCUAGCAGGGAUCAUUUAAUUCUCCCACACGAUUUAUACCAGUGCAAGUGAAAUAGGGUAAAGGCCUGUCCAUUAAGAGAGCAGUGGCUAGUGAAGACCUCCCCCUCAAAAAGUAAUAUUUUCCUGUAGGUGUGUAUUUGCGUGUAUGCAGCGUGCAUGUCACUCAGUUUCCCAGUUUUGUUGAGGAGCAGACAGUUACCAAGACCAUCUACAGGUCAAAUUAAAUAACCUAGAUAAUUUAAAAAACAUUGACAGUGCAAUUUGUCCAUGCAACGUUAUUGCUUUGACCCCAGUUAGUGUCAAUGGGCUGGUUCAUUUUCACCAAGAUGGCUUAUCAAUGUGUAACACCCUCUCACUUGAAUGAAGUGGUGUAAAACAAAGACAGAUAAAAUUGUCAGAGUAAUUUCAAAGUCAUUGGUUUAGACUACAGUUACUGUGAAACAUUGCGGGGCUAUAUCGUCUUACCACAUCAUUUCUAUAAAAAACAUUUAGCAUUGUAAAGUGCAGAUGGGGAAGUAAUUAUAGGCUUAUUAGUGGAAUUGCACAGUGUAACAGCCAAUCCUAUUAACCUGUUCUUAAUAAAAGCUUUAUUUUCUUGAUUUAUUAUUAGCAGAGGCCCAGACCCUGGUGGGCCUUGAAAAAAGCUCAAUGAACCUCAGUGAAGAUUCUGGGACAUCCCACACACAGACCUUUGUGAGUAAUGACUUUUUUUUAAAAAAAGACAAAACACAACACAUUUAUCAGCUGUGUACAGGCAGUGGUUGUGUUUUCUUUUGAAAAGAAGUUCUUCUGAAGUUAGCAUAUGCACAAGGAAAUUUAUGAAAGUCAAUGUGUUCCAUUUACAUUUUGAACAAAGAAGCCAUUGGAUUUCUAGCCCAAAUUUAUUAUGCAUUGAAAUUAUAUACUUGAAUUUUUGGUAUCUUAAUUAAACUUUUCAAAAUUUUAAUAACUCAUUUUUACCUGGACUCUCAAAUGUUCACACAUCCAGAGAAAAAAAAUCAAGCUGAUGGACUUAAUUCAGAUGCUGAAAUAUAAGGAGAAAAAAUGUAGCCAGCUUAUUUUUAAGUUGAUCCAAUGUGAGUGAAGAAAUUCACAUACAAAAUUAAGUAUUCCAAAUUCAGAUUAAAAAUACACAAAUCAAAAAAUAGCAAAUGAUUUUAUAUCCAGCUGAUUAUAGAACCAUACACUGGUCCUAUAAUGACAGUUAAGACAAAAAACUGCACACACAUGAUGGAUGGUUCUUUGGUGAGGGUGUCAACUCCUCUAUUUGCUGUUUGGGUCAUAUUGUGAUUUUAACAGAUGGCCUUUGAUUUAGAUGGCCACUGGAUUCUUCACAAAGUCACUAACUUAAGCUAUUAAAAGUGAUUCCUUACUCUCAUCUCAUUUACAUUUUCAUUUAUAUAUAUAUAUAUAUAUAUAUAUAUAUAUAUAUAAUUAUUUUCCAUUUUAAUUGAAUGUGGGAAACCUGAAAAUAUUGUAGCCAAACUGUUUCCCUACAUUUUCGGCAUCAGACUUUGGUCUGUCCAAGUUUUUAAACUGUUAAGUUUUAUUCUGAGUCAGUGAACACUAAAAAAUGAGGGUGAAAAUGUGAUAUUGAAAAUUGAAAGGACUGAUUUCAGUGGCCAAAAUUCAGAUACAUGAUUUUAAUGCAUAAAUAUUUAUGGCUUUAAAAUUCAAAUUUCAAAGUCAGAUAGAACAGAUAGACUUUUAUUGACAUUACUUUGACUUUGCUCUGUUAUUACCCAACAGCCUGAGUCUACAGCCUUUUUCUUUUGAAUCACAAAGUUUUUAAAUUAUUAAGAUUUGUCAGAUUGGAAAUUAUAAUUACAUCUGUUAUGCAGAAAGGAGGACCUUCAUUUGAGCAUGAGCCUCCUCGAUCCAGCGAACCCUGUCAGACAGGAAGUGGAAGCUCUGUGAUGCUUCGGCUGCUGGAGUUCAAAUCCCUCCUCCUUGAGGUUAUAGAGGAGCUUCAGAUUCAUAGGGUAUGGUAGUAAUUGAAGUCCUUACCAGUUGUGUUUGUUUUUUACCAUUACAUGACAGAACAACACGUAGGCCUUUUUACUGCACAUUUUUUCUCUAUGUUGUAUCUUAUCACAGAUCAAACAUAUCAUUCAGUCUUUGCAAAGUUUUUUAUACUGUCCUUCAUCAUGAGCACUGGCUUAAAUUUUAUCAUGAUUUGGUACAAUGUUGCUCACUUUUUAGCUUGGCAGCUCGCUUGGGAUCGCUACAAGCUUCUCUCUCUCAUCACACUCAGGCUGUCCCACAGACACACCUGCCUCCUCCUGCUCAAGCACUUCGAAUGCAGGGGAAUCCUCGAGAAAUUUAAAAUAACAAUCCACCAUGUCCCUGUCAUGUGGCAAAUCUUUGCAGUUUUAUUCAAGACAGACAGCCAAUCAGUGUAAAUCACUCCAGCUCACUUUCUCCCACAGCCAAUUAAACGUAUUUUGGCUGGUGUGUAGCGAAUAGAAGAAACAACUAUCUAACAAAAACACACUUAACUCAUGCAGUUACAGCAAUCUUGGUGGUUCAUCUCCACAAAGAACUUUUUUUUAGUUACAGCAGGUCAAAUCAGCGGAAAGACAGUUUUUGUAUCCUAUCAAGGCUUUCAGUAUGAAAGUUUCUGACACAAGAGAAUAUCUCUGUUGUGAUUUGACGCUAUAUAAAUAAAAUUUGAUUUGAUUUGAUUUCUAUCCAUCAUUUUAGCACCUAUAGCUUAACAUACUCCUGUUAUGAAUAUAAUGGUUCAAGCCAAUGUUAAACUUGCAUCACCAUAGUCCAACACAUUAUCAUUCAAAAGUUAAUUCAAAAACAAAUGCUUGUGUUGACUACUUUACACUGUUACUGUAGUGCUACAGUGUCGAAUGCUCUAAAUCUUUGGUCAGAUGGCCGCUUUUAGCCACAACAUCAGGGCUGGCUAAGGGUUGUGAUUUUAUCGUUUGUUUUUACCUGAUAAUCAACCCGUCACUGAAAUAAAGCAGCAGAGAGACAUCAGGCGGACAAGCUCAGAGAUGACACCAUCACAAACUAUUUUGAAAACCCCUUUGACUUCAUUCAUGCACUCACAGAAACAUUCAGAAUUUCUAUCCAUUUAAAUUACUGAGAGUUCACAUGAACAGGCCAAUCAACUUCAUGUGCUGCGUAUUUGUCAGUCAGAUGUAAAUCAAACAAUUAAGAAUUAGAUUUGUGUCAUAAUACCAACAAAUCCAAUGUGUUUUGAAUAAAUAAUGAAGAUUUAUGUAUUCACUGUUGAUAAAUCCAAUUUGUUUCUCUCAUAUAUUUGAACUAGAUCACAGUAAGUAAUAUUUAAACUAUUCAUAUGUUUUAACUGAUUUAAUUGAACUGUCUCACUAUUAACAGAUUUUUGCUGAUUUUAAGAAAUUUGGAUAAAUGCAUUUUAAAAAUGUAAUAAUAAUUUAAAUAAAAUCAAAUAGGUAUAAUUACUGAAAAUUAAACUAUGUCAUGAUUUAUUAUUCUGAGUGUGUUAUGCAUCAAAAACAUCCAGACUUUGAUGCAACUUUGUGCCUUGCUCAUUAUUUGCACCACUUAACUAACAAAGGGCCUCAGAUUGCAAACUUUAAACAGGAAAACUAUGGCUCUUUGACUCUUACUCUUUACUCGCUUAAUGUUGGGCACAAAAGAAAAAUGUAAUGUGCAAAUGUAAAAGAAACGACUUGGUUCAUAGUCUAUCCUUGGUCAUCUAGGCAGGGGCCAACUAGAUUUGACCCACAUAGCCUGAAAGACAAUGAUCACAUAUGUGAGUAAAUAAAUAGAGAAACAAUUUGUUUUGUCAAAGAUGAAUAUUGUUUCUCACCCUCCAGCAAGUCAUUUUAAGCUAGAAAACCAUUGUUAGUGUAUUUAAAGAGCAGGAGGGGGAAGUAGGUUAUGGGUUAUUUCUUGCCAUCAAGUUUUUAUUGUUAUAGUCAUGUUAACUGGAACACUCACACAAAAUGCUGUACCAGUCUGAUUCCCCUAAGGCACUGCCUUUAUCAGGAGAGCGUUUUGAAGUUGUUGAAGUCAUGGGGGUAGGAGGAUUAUUCCCGAGCGUGUUCUUUUUUUUCUUUUACUCUAAGACUGUUCAGCCUGCUGUUUGAGUUUGUGAGCUUUUUUCGCGAUUCAGUUGAAGACAUUUUGUACCUAGUAGUGUGCGCUCAAGGUGUAACAGCACAGUUGCAGUCAGAGCCCCAACUUUUUCCAGGUUAUAUUUUUAGGGUAUUUUGGUUUUAUUAGAUAGGACAGCUAAAGAGAGACAGGAGAUGUAAGGAGGAGAGAGUGAGGAAAGCGUUAUGGCAGGGAAGGACUAUAGCUCUACAUGUGGGGCACUGAGACUGCUGUCGGCACUGUGAAGACCACGGUUAAUUAUUAUUUAUAAUAUACACACUGUAUCCAUUUUCAAAGACCAAAACUUAAAAGAACUCUAUCUGGGUGUGUCCAAGUGCCUUUUUUGAAGUUAUGAACUCAGUGGCACUCAGUGAGGCAUAUGGUGCAAAAAGGUUUGAUUGUAUAUGUCUGAUUAUACAUUUGUCUGUUCUGCACACAAUACAAGUCAAAGCAGCCAGAGUAUCAAUCAAUUAAUCAAUCUUCAUUCAAGUGUUAUCCUAAUCCGCUUUAAAAAAUGCUGGUCCAGACCAUCCUUAAUCUACAAAAAUGGGAUGAGACUGAGCUUCACAUUGUUAGAGCAGACCUACCACCACCCUAUCUUUAACCACAUGGGUAUAGGACUUUGAAGAUUUAAACAAGUUACAGUGGAGAGGAAAAAGGAUUAGAGUAAUGUAGGAUUCUCUCAAUGAAAGGGGGAGACUAUCAGUAACGAAAGAGUGUCCCAGCAUCUCCAAGAAAGGAUCUCCCAACAUGUGGUGAAACACUUGAUAAAGUUCACAACUCAGGCCAUCUGGCCCAGGUGCUUCACCUGACUGAAGGCUUUUCAGCACCAAAAAGGGCUUCCUUCCUGGUGAUGGGAGCAUUUCAUUCAUAUUGUUGAGUAUCAGAGAUAAAAGGGGGUGCUACUCCUGCCAAAAAGGAGCCCAUCUUCUCAGAGACUCCCAGUGGCCAGUCUGCUUCAUACAGCUGAGCCUGAUAUUACCUGAAAGUAUUAUUAGUAUUUUAAUUAUGUGACGCUGGUGCCCUUGGGAUCUGAAGGGUAUUAAGGGUAUUGCUUUAGGGGGUUUGUCUUGACGUUGGUGAGGCUCUGCAAAUACUUGCAGGGUUUAUUACCAUGUUGAUAUAACCAUUGUUGGAGUGUGUAGUUUAACAUCAAGGUAUUACCGCAAAAAUCACUGAAGAUAUUUUCAUCCUCAGUCAAAAGUUGUUUUUGUACUUGCUUAAUUUUAUUUUACGGAUUACCACGUUUUAUGAAGUCUUGUUAAAAAUCAGUACAGCCACUUCCACGCAUACAGAAACUCUCUCUCACACACACACACACUCUCGCACCCAGCUAUACACUCAUUAAUCCUCAAUAACAAAAAUAAUUAAGUGUUAUAUCUCCUAUGCACUCUGUUUUAAAGUGAGAUGCUUUCUUGUGGCAUGGCUUAAUAUGAACUUAUAAAAUAAAGUCAGCUAGUAAACCAGCUCCCACGUGCACAUAAAAAAGUCCUAUGGAUAUAGAGAGCAAUUGACUUUUACCUGCCUUCUCUGGGGAGAAGGGAGGAUAGUGACAGCUCGUCUCAUAUAUCAUCACCCUUCUAAUGUUCCUCUCAUCUGCAAAAGACAAGUAAUGAGCCGAGGAAACUUACUUUAGUUUUUAAUCCUCCAUAGAGGCUUUUUUUUUAUGCAACAGAAUGAACAUAUCUCUGUCAUUUUCAGCCUUUACCAUCAUAGUGAGUCUGCCAUUGCUCUUUAUUCUCUGUCCUCUUGUUUUCAGUUUUUUUUUUUGUUUUUUUUUACCCCUGACUGACUUACUUUUUCUGACUUUUCUAGUCUUAACCAAACUUUGUGCGUGUCAGAUUUUGUGUAACUGGUGUCUUUCCAUGAUUCAGGCUGCAAAGAUGCUUUUUGAGGAUCAGAUCAGUACAUUUAUGUUGGAGAAGCAAGAGAUGGAGUGGGAGAAGGUAUGGCUAGGGGACAUUUUAAGAAAUAUAAUUGGAGUUUUUAAUUGUUAUCUAAUAAAUGUUGUUUUGAUUUUCUGCAUCAGGAAUCCCUACAAAAUCAAAAGGAAAGAGCAGCAAACCAGCACACGGAGGCCCUCAUAAAUAUGCAGAAACAGGUCUGUUCUAUGAUAUGAUUACAGUGUUUUAAAAGGAGAGAGUUUUAACAAUGUAUUCAAACCUUGUGAACUCCCAUCUUAAGUUUCAGGCAAAAGUAAGACACGUUGGAGAAGUGAAGGUAUGGAGAUCCUCUCUCUUAAUAUAUUGACAAUACACUCAAAGCAUGAUGUUAUGUUGGUAUGCUAAGAGGAUAGGUCUGUUGUAACAUUUGUAUUUGUCAGUAUUCAUUGUUUUAUGGUACUCACAGAAACAAUUUCAUAAUACAGGAGAAGUACCAGGUCUGUGCUGAGUUAAAAGACAAGGAAAUGAGCAAUUUAAAGGAAGAGCUCAAGUCCCUGCAGGUACUUCCAAAACAAAGAGAGCUUCUUUCUAUAUCUUUACUCCUUCAGCACACACCAUCAAUUUCAGUUUUUACAUUUUAAACAGUAAAGGAAAUAAAUAACAAUGAAGUUCUUCUUCCCCUUCUUCCUCUGGUGUGUUAGUCUUUUAAGUCGGAGACAGUAAUUACAGUAAUUACAAAGAGCUUAUGCCAAACUGGAUUCUAAAUGUUGGUUGAUGCUGCGUAGACUUGCCCUGUGUUGGCUACACGAGUGUUAAUCCUAAAGGUUGACACCAGAGUGCUGAUAUACAGCCUUUCCUAUGGUCCGCUGCUCUUUAACAGCCCGUAACAGAGACAAUAAAGGCUGUUGUUGAUAUUAUAUCUGUUAGACACCAACUGCAGUGUGUGGCUUCAAUGAGGCCCCAUGUGUGAAUUCUUUGAUACGGUCUGGUGAUUUUCUUUAAUUUAAUACAUUUUCACACGGUUUGCCUUAAAGGGAUUUAAUUGCCUUAUCUUGACUAUUCACUUUAUUAAAGGUAAUAUCAUAUUUGUCAUUACUUGAUAAAUAAAUGUUUGUGUUUAAAAACAAGUCUUGUUACCCUCCAGAAUAAUGAACCAUAUGGAUGGUUGUCUUUAAAGGAGGAAGCAGGCCAUGGUAGUGCUGGGUUAUGUGGCCUCAAAUCAAAAUAAUAAUAAUAAUAAUAAUAACUUUAUUUGUAAAGCACUUUUUAAACCAGAUGUUUACAAAGUGCUUUGUCAGAAAGUGAAAGAGCACAAGAGCUUCAGCACAAAAAUAAAAAUAAGAAGCACAAAGGCCUCAGAAAUUGAAGACCAUUUUCAUAUCUCAUAAGAAACCCAAACAAAACAUGAACCAUGCAACAUAAAAUGAGACCAGGAGCACCAAAAUAAAAGCUAAAGACAUAGAUUCUGUAGGAAAAGAAAAUGCAAUAAAAAAGGGGUCUGAAAUCAGAAAACAGGAUGGCAAAUAUAAAAAGAUAAUAUCAAUAAUGUUAAUAACAUAAAAACAGAUAAUAUAGUAAUAUUAAGAUAGAAUGACACAAAUGAGCAAGAGAUAAAACAAUAGAUAAAUCAUUAAAAUUUCAAAAAGGUUAUUUUAGAAAAGAUAAAAAAUGUAAAAAAAAAAAAAGCUAACAUUGACUGUAGAGCCAAAAUCAAAGAGAUAAAAGAGAAAAAGACUAAUUGAAACUUUUAGCUCAAUUACUGUUUGUUGAGCUAUUUUACUCUUUUUUUACCCUCAUAGUUGACAAAGUUAGUACCUUAACUAUUCUCAUCCAUUAGCGCUUGGAUAUUUUUCGAUAGCAAUUAGUGGUAUUAUCAGUUUUGCUGCAGUGUUUACAUUUAACUGUUUUUGUUCCGUGAUGGCUACAUGAAAUCAAAAUUAUGUCCAAACAUGAGACGCAACAUUUUUCUUUUUACAACAAAACAAUGAGACUUGUGAAGUAGCUUUAGGAUUUGUAUUGCCUGGCUUUCAGACUUUAAAUCAAGGAUAGGAUUGCAUUACAUUCAGGGAGAGUUAUGCUGUUUAGAACCAGUCUGUAGAUUGUUCAGGGAAAGAGGUGAAGAAUACCUAAAAACUUAAGGAACGAGUUGCACAAUGCCCAAUGAGCAAAGCUUUAUAAUUCUUCAAGAUCAAAGGGAAGAGCUGGUAUGUGUUACAGCCUUGGCAGGAUGUGAAGACUUAAAGCAAAGACAUACAUGUACAGCACAUUACCAUAAUUGAGGAUAGGUGAAAGGGAAAGGCUCCACUCAUCUCUUUCUCACAUAAAGGGAAAAGAAGAACUAGUUUCUGCAAUAAAGCAAACCAAUGCAAGCAAAGACGAGCUGUCAUCACUCAAAAUUGCUAAGUAUUCAUAAGUACACAUGUUAUGCCCCACACAAAGGCGGCCCGAACAGCUAUCCACUAACAACUUUUGACUCAUUAAAACUAACAAAACACCUUCAAAAUUUUAACAAGUGAUUUAUUAUAACAAAAGCCAAAAAUAAAUAACCCACCAAAGAUUAACUAAAGACCAAAUUAACAAGACAACUAAACAUCAAUAACCAAAAACACAAAUGAGAGGUAGCAGGGCAGCAGUUCCCCUACCAAAUACUUCUCCAGGCAUCAGGCAUCUCUGGGCCUUUAAACCCUCCAGAGCAGGUGAAGGUGAUUGCUGAUUAGUGAGUUGUAGCCUUAAAAGUUGAGAUUCAUGUUUACCAUGUUCCGGUCAAUGGUGGUAUUGAUGCUGUGUGGAGUUAUAUAUGGUAAUGUUAUUAAAUGAUUAUAGGGGUUUUGUAUAUUUGGUCAGUGGUUGUUAUUGAUUAGAGUUUUGGUUCUUCAGACUGACACUUAUCAAUUUAUAAUGAACUUAUCAUGACUGUCUUAUUGCUUUCUUACAGCUGCAAAAAUACAACUUGGAGAAGAAAGCACUGGAACUGGUAAUGAAAGAUUUUGCACCCAUACAAAUCUUCGACAGGAUGGGUGAUAUGGAAAAAGUCAAGGUUGAUGAUGUGCUGGUACUCUGGAGGGGUGGGUUUGGGAGGAGUUUCUCAACAGUAAUGGAUAAGGAGUGUUUGACACUUUAAAGCGCCAGCAAAAUAGAGAAAAUAUCUAUUAAAAUAUUUUAUAACUUGGUCUUGCUUCGGUCUGACCUUCAUCACAUAACAUUGGCCCAGCAGAGCAAGAGGGAGUAAAAGUGAGCUGAUGUAUUGGAGAGAGGAAUGGGUGGGAGUGAAAUUUAGAGUGAAGGGAGGUACUGGGGAAAUGAGAGACGAAACUAGUCUGUCCAGGUUGAUACAGACAAUCAAGUUAUGAUGGCAGAGCAUUAAAGCUCUUCAGGGUACUCUCUGAGUUCAUCCCUGCGUCCCAUGAAGAGACAGCCAUUAGCUGUGUUAGACCCUCCUGUUGUGUAUCAGCGGUUUCCCCACAAGAACUCUGUCAAAUUGCACACAGGCCAUGAGCCAUUUCUAUGGCUGCAAGCAAAAAAAAGGACGAGAGGACUCUGAAUCAUGUCUGUAUUUAUUGUGUGUGGUGUGUUGCUGUGUGUUGUGUGUCCUUUCACAGGAACAGAAAAUAGCAUUGCAGAGCAGGUCAAGAGACAGUCACCUAAACCAGCUGGGGGAGAUUGAAAAGCAUUUCAGUGCUCUGUCCAGGCACUGUAACAUGGUCAAGCAGGCUCAGGAGAAACUUGAACAGAACGGUAAUGAAUGGAUGGACAGAUGUAUGAACUGAAAAGCAGCUAGUGCUAAAGGCUGUCGGCUAACAAAUCACAGCAAGGAGCGAACAACUUUUGCCAUAAGUUGGCCAAAACUACAAGUGGACUUUGGAAGCCUAUAGGGAGUAAAUGUAACAUGGUGCUGGAAAUCAUUCACAGGAUCUUUGCUUGUGCUAAUUUGAUAAAGCAGUAGCUAUUAACCAUCCCUUAAUUCUAGCAAAUAUCUUCUACCGUGUGUGUUGAGCGACUCAAAGAGCACAGGGUUUCGGGGUGGUAAUUAAUCAGCUGUGUGGUCGCCAAUGAUAACUUGCAAAUGCUAACAAUCAGGGCGCACGUGCUCUGAGGUGCAGCGCUCAUGUGCGUGUGCAUAUACUGAUACACAUGAGUCCACGUUAAAGACCCACUCCGAUGAAAAUCUAACUUUCUUGUGGUCUACAUGUUCAUAUGGCAUUUUUCUGAUGCUACAGGACAUAUCAUGAGAAAAAUAAGUGCGAAGUUGUAUUUCUGAGUAUUUCUAAAUUCAAAUCACUGUGAAUCCCUGGCAGACCCAAACGGCAGGCUCAGAAACAGUGAGAUUUCCUACAUCACAAAUCCAAGCUUGUGGGUUAGUGGAUUGCAAUGCUCGUAAGAAAGCUAAUUAUGACACUAACUUUCAUCAUGCCCCCAAAGACAUUAGUGUCUGAGAGCUGAAUAGAUCCUAUGUUACCACUUCUAAUUCACUGGCAAUGAGCUACUUGAGAUCUGCAGAAGAAAAGCCCUUGAAAAUGACACAGGUAACAGGAUUUUGGCUAAAAACUUCAUAUCAUAAUUUGAAGACCACUAAUAACACUUGAGUUACAAAAAACAAUCAGAGUGGCACUUUAAAACCACGUAAAAAAAGUCCUUUCUGUCUGUUCUUAUAUCCAUCCAUCCAUUUUCUACCUCUUAUCCCGUUGGGAUCUUUAAAAAUAUUUUAGCUAUGUUAUAGCAUCAUAUACUGUAUAAUGGUGACUCACUGUGUAUGAUUCUUGUAGUUGAUGAGGCCAUGAAAAUGAAUGCAAAGCUGACAUCUGCAAAGGAAAGACCAAUUUCAGCCCAGGUGCCAUUACAGAAGGUACAUCAAAACUGUUUGGGAUCACUUGAGAGACAAUAGUGUCAAAGUUUAUUACAAGUGUCACUGUUCACACAAAUUCACAAGAUCCGUGAUUAUCUGAUAAAUUUUACACCACUGGCAUUAUAAUAACCCAUUUUCCAGUUGCCUUAGGAAAAUGACUAAAAGUGUUGAAACUUGAAAAAAUUAAGAAAUGAAGGUAUUUUGAAAUAACAAGUUUGAUCUAUCUUUUUUUUUGAUACUCUCACAGGAGUUGGAAGUUCGUGACAAGCUUAUCAAGGCCAAUAUGUUGAUUAUCAGGCAUGACAAGACCCAAAACCUUGAAGUAACAGAGAAGUGUAUUCAACAGCUGCAUUUGAAACUGAACAUGGUAAAUUACAAGAAGCAAAGAAAUGUCUGUCCCAGCUGUGUAUUGGACUCAUUUCUUACAAAAACAAUAUCACACAUAGCAAUAUUUUCAUAAUUUUAAAUAAUAUUCCUGUUGCGUUUAUAGGAAAUGGAAAUGAACAAAAAACUGUUAGAAGACAAUCUUUCUGUAAGAGAAGAAAAGCAGGUAGGAAAAUAGAAAUACAAAGAAACUCAGACUCUGAUGCUGUCCUAUUUGUUUGGUGAGUGCUGUGAGUUAAAGGAAUGUUUGGUUUAUUACAAAAACAACAUGUAUAGAUGGUAGAAAUUCUGUUUCGCUAAAGCUGAAAUCAAUUUUAGUCGGUCAUUUAUGUACUUCUAAAACAUGUGUAUUAAUUGUGGGUACCUUUUGUCUUACUAGGAGGUAAUGAGGUCUCUGAGGCAUGCCCAGCAACUGCUGCUGAGCCAGACACAGGCAGUAAGCAAAGCCCAGAUGGAGCUGCAGGUACAGAAAGAGCAAUGCCAGGUAAAGGUCUUCAUGCUUUGCCGGAGUAUUGACACAACUGUUGAUAUUGUUUAUAUAACCUGUAAUCAAACACUCAAUGUAACUGUAAAUAACUGUUUCUCUAUAUAACCUUUAUAACUACUAGGGGCAGGAAAAAAAAUCGAUACAGCAUAGUAUUGCUGUAUUUUUCCUGGUGAUAUAUCGUAUCGUCUCAUCCACCAAGUAUCAAUUUUUUCAAAUCAAUGGUUAACAUGAAGUCAAAUCUAUGAUAAGCGAAAAAUAAAAUCAGUUGUUUGUCCAAAGAGGUUGGCAGAGGUUACAGCAUAGAGCAGGAAAAAGUUACGCUGCGUUCCACUUGUACUCAGAAGUCGGAAUUUCCGAGCUCCAAGUCGCAAAUUUAUCUGGAACACCCCCCUGAAGUCGGAUUUCUGACUCGGAAAGUCAGAUGAUCCUCACCAACCCCGACUUGACGACGAUGUCAUAAUCCAAGAUGGCAGCGCAGUGCAUCAACAGUAAAGAGUAACAGUGAACGCUCUCCUAAUGUAUUUUUUAUUAGCACUUCUGUUUUGUUUUUGUGAAAUUUAAUAAGUAGUAUAUGUUUUACAGCCCAACGUCUAACUGUGAACACGGUGCUAUGGUGUUUGUAAGAGUAAAAUACUGUGUUAUGCAUUGUCUACAACUAUUAUAGCUAACAAGUAACAACAGCUGACAAUUGUAAACAACAGCUAACAAUGGCUAACAGAAGGCGUCCAUCUUGGUUUUCCGACUUGUUAACUGGAACACCGUCAACUCAGGUGUAGCGUCAUUCCCAGCUCCGACAUCUGACUUUCGAGGUAACUGGAACGCAGCAUUAGUACAACAGACAGCACCUGGGGAAAGACAUUUGGGAUGCAAACAGGGCACAAAAGAGAUGGACCUGACAUAUUAGGUUUGCAUGAUGUGCGACAUGAAAAUAAAAUACUGUGUAAAUAAGACAAACAUAAAGAACAGACAGAUGCUAAAUCGGCUAAGCAGUUGAAAAAAAUGUACAAAUCACAAUAUACUGUAUCGCAAUACCCACUGUAUCGCAAAAUGUUUAAAAUCACAGUAAAAUUGUAUCGUGGCCCGAGUAUCGUGACAAUAUUGUAUCGUGGGGCUACAAGUUAAUAUCUCUAAGCUUGUAUUUACAUUUCUAAUAUUUCAUGUUUAAGGUUUAUACAUAGAGAGCAAAGUCUACUGGAGUCAGUUUUAUUGUAUGUGUAGCAUAUUUGGCCACUUAAGCUGAUUCUAACCGAUGUCUUUUUUUAGGCAUAGAUUUGCUUUGGUUGGUCAUACUUAGUCUCUUGAAUACAAAUAGAUAAAUAUUGAAUGAAUGCAGCAUUGCACAACACAGCAAAUAGGGUCCCAUCUGCCACCAAAUUAUGGGUGUAAUGUUCCUUUCCCCUUUUCAGCGUAAUAGUUUGUCUUUUCUGUUCUUUUUAUUACAUAUUUAUUUUAAUCACCCAAUUUAUUAAUAUAUUGAAUUCAUUAAAAUGGCAAGAGCCACCUGAUUUGUAUUAGCAAGAAGCCUUCUCUUUCCUGUUAAGACUUCUAUUAACAUUAAAUAAGCACAUAAAAAUUUACUAUUGCAUUAAGAAUAGGUGAUUAAUUUUAUUGCAGACCUUUGAGCAGGAACAUGAGGUGAUCCAAGAGAAAAACAAAGCCAUGAAAAACAAUGUAGCCCAACUGAUAGAAGGUCCAUCAUUUAAAAGAGGACAAAAAAGUACAAAGAAAACUUGAGGUUCCAUAGAGCGAGAAACUUCAUUUUCCUUGCCUGGACAUGUAUGCUUAAGUCAGUAGGUAGGUAGGCUGAAUUUUUGUCCCCGUGAGGAAAUUCAUUUGCAGUAAGUUGAAAACACGGACAAAGACAGCACACAUACACAGUUCCAUACACUGUCCCACAUAAAACAAAACAAAACAACCAAGAAAAGACAAUAUAAAAAUACUACUGUACUGCACUUUGUCAAUUCAAAAAAGUAGUUCAAUCAAUACUCUUUAAAUAAUGUAUCUGUGCUCAGACCAGCUGAACCAGUAUCUAAAAAUAAAGAAUAAAGCUGCCCACAAUCUAUUUUGGUUUAUUCAAUUGUAAAAUCACAUGUGGUACAAACGACCACCUGGGCACCGGUAUCUGCAGCCUGAGGGCAGCAGCACAAACUCUCUAAACAUGUUUUGAUGUUUUGAGUCUGGGAGUAUUUUCUCAGCUUUGUCCAGGGCACGAGAUAGAUAAAUGUCCUGUAGGCUGUUCAGGGGAAUGCCUUGGAUUUUGCUCGCAACAAUGAUUAUUUUUCUGAGGGAGCUCUUUUACGACUCUGUUAAAGUCCCGUACCCACAAACAAUACGAAAUGUCAGAGCGCUCUCAACAAAAGCACUGUAAAACACCUUCAGCAUGGUUUUGUCAAUCUGGAAAGACACCAGUUUCUUAAGAAAGUAAAGUCUCUGUUGUCCCUUUUUGCGGAUUUGAUCUAUAUUUCACCAGAUAUCUACCCGGAUAGAAACUGGUGCAGCCGUUGGUGUAUAAGAUAUACAGCAAUGGAGAAAGCACGCACCCUUGAGGAGAGCCAAUGUUAGUGAUGGUUCUGUCUGACAGCGUGGUGCGCAUUCCUCUGGCUGAGAAAAUCCAGUACCCAUGAAAUGAGUCCACCUUCCAGAGUAAAGUCCACUAGCCUCUGAGCCAAGAUGUUUGGCAAUAUUGUGUUAAAUACUGACGAGAAAUCAAAAAAAAUAAUUUUUACAUAAUUUUUGAAAUAUCCAAAUGGGAAUAUACCAGGUGCAACAAUGUUAAAAUAGCAUUAUCAACACCUUUCCCAGGUUGGUAAGCAAACUGAAAGAGGUCCAAUUUAGAUUGAGUUUGCUCAAGUAUGUGUAUUUAAUUAUUCUUUCAAAACAUUUCAUUUCCAGUGGGGUUAUCGCUACAGGGUGAAAGUGAUUCAAAUCACUAGGUUUUGUGACUUUUGGCACAGGGAUAAAGGUCAACGUCUUCCACAGAUUUGAAACAACAUGCUGGUCCAAAGAAGCCUGAAACAGUUUAGUGAAAACAGGGGACAAUUGUUCGGCACAAUGCUUUAGCUUUAGCACUGACACCCUGAGAAUGUGCACACAAAAAAAGUGCAUUUUUUUCUGAAGCCCACUUACUGAGAAAACAAAGCUUUAACUGUGGAACUUGAGUUUGCUGCUGUGGUGAAGUAAUCACAGGAGUAAUUUGCAUGGGCAUGCAUGCAUGCAAAAACACAAAAUCACUCCCACUCCUGCCAUUGUGAUUUUUCUAGGUGUUGCAGAGUGAAGAUGUCAAACGUUCGUCCAGAUGUGACAGCUACUAAAUUGUUGGUUGCAAAAUCCAACACAAAUGUCUUCUAUUUUAACCCCACAAAAAGUACUUUCUUUUGUUUUUAUUUACAACAUGCUUGCUCAUUUGUUUGUUAGCUAUUAUACAACGACUACAUCAACAAGGGCCAGCCACAUUAAGUGACACACGUAAGGCAAGAAAAGAGGAAUAAUACUUGGAUUUUAACAAAUCACUCACAGACAUGCUAACUUUUAAAGUGAGUUAUUAAGUUUUUUGUUUGUUUUGUAGUUUACAUGUUAUUAUAGUUAGAAAUGAAUUCCACAGAAUAUACAUCCCCCCCCCCCCCCCCGGUUGCGCACGAAGAUUGCGUAGAUCACCCUGUGGGAUACGCUGUUUGAGCCGAGUGUCAUCACAGUGACUCUCUGCUGAAUGCUUACAAUGCUACUACGCAAGUGGUGAUUAGGAAGUGGAGGAAAUCCCGGAAAUACAGAGAGCAAUUCAGCUUCAAAUUCUUUUGACAGAAGGCGGGGCCGAGUUGUCCAUUGUAUGUACAGUCUAUGUUCCUAAUAUGUGCCUUUUUUUCUCUAUACAGAAAACAGGCAGCAGUGAUGGCGUUGGUUAUUGCAGUCAGCUCUUGCCUACUUUAAAGGAGGAGAUAAUUGAGAAGGAAACUCCUGGCCAGCACAUCUCCAGCUCUGAUCAGCUAAUUCCUCAGCACUUUGCCUCUGAGCAGACCGAUCACGGUUACUGCUUAGAGGAUACGGCCAGAAAGCAAGCGGACACUGGAGUAAUUGAAGGUUAGUUUUCUCGGUAUACAAAAACAACAGAUUCAAGAAAUUGUACCACUUUUUCCAGCAAUCAGCAAAAUAACUUUUUGACUUUUUGAGAUACACAUUUUUUCAUUAUGGCCUUUGCCAACUGCUAAAAUCCUCAUAUAAGGGAGUUGAAGUGCAUAUAGUGUUAGAGGAAGUUCACUCUUAUCCCCAAUUUCCACCGCACCCGGAAUGGCUGCGAAAAGGCCAUAUCCACCAAUUGCAGCUGAUCGUUUUCAUUCAAGUCAAUGUGUCACUUUCCACUGGCUUCUCUCCGUUCUGCUGCGCAUCAGUGGACUCUGCAGCUGAUUGCAAGAGUUCUAUUUUUUUGGACGCCGGAACAUGCUGCAUAAAUUCAGCACAGAUUAACCUGUGCUGGAGAGGGAGACGGGCACAGACAUAAAAUAAAACAUCCAGCUUCUUUUCAAAAUAAAACACUACGUGUUUUAGGUGGAUCGUAUUUCACACCAUGCAAACGGGCGGGGACCAACAAGUGAAAGGUUUUUAGACAGUAUUUCACCCUGAUGACCCCAUGGAUGAGGAGAUGCUGAUUUUAGAAGUGGAUUUCCUCCUCUGGAAGGACACAAUCAACUGCUUACAUGGUCAUGUGGCUGUCUUUAAAGAGACAACUCAUUAUUGCGCGAUUGCAAGUGAAUCCGCGGGUUCUUGUGAGUUCUCACGAUUCCCUGCUGUCUGAAAUCCGCCAUGAAAUUCACCUCCCAAAUGGAUCCGGUAGGAAUUGGCGGAUGGCAAAAAUCACCGCCGUUUCAGUUGCAGUGGAAAUUGGGGGUAACACUCUCUCACACUCUGGUCAUGCUCAAGCUCUGGCCAUAGAUCUGUUGCUGAAUAUUUAAACAAAACCAUGAGCGAUCAAACUAAUAGAAGAAUGGCUGAGCCAAAUCAGGGAUCACACGAUUUUGUGCUGAAAAGAACAACCUGAAAAAGGAAUCUAAUAUGGAGAAGUAACAUUUCAAAAAUAUGUGAAGGAGGGAGGAAUUACUGGACAAGAGAAAGGAAUGAUCAUGAGCCAAACAACAGAUAGAGCAGACAGACAAGGGAGUAGCCAGCAGUUAAUAGAGGAUACAGCGUGAAACACACACAAGAGACGAUGAAGAGGAGAAAGGAUAAAUACUACACACAAGAGAGACAAAACAGAUCCAAAUACACAAGAAAAAACAAACAGAGGAGCAGAAUGACCACUGACCCAGUCACUGAAAAGAGCAACCUGCAGCAGAACAUCAGUUUUUAGCCACCGCUGGCUGUUUGUAAGCCCUCAAACUGCUCAAAGUGUCCCUCAGAAAGACUGCAGAAACAACAUUGACCACAUCCAUUUAAACAUUGGGGGGUAUGAGAUAAAGAAAGUGUGUUUGUGAAUAAAACAGGAAGCACAGCCAAACAUUCAUGGAAACAAUACCAGUGAGAAUACUAAGGAAUAUGAAGUGAAGACAGGAAGCUGUCAUAAGAAAAUUCACAAAAUAGGAGAUGCAAAUCGACAACUGGAGACAACUGGAAGACUGGGAAUCACCUUUCGAUUUAGUUCAUGGUGGAUUUAUAUUCAGGGGCUUAGAAGUUUCCAGCAAGACAAACGCUGCUUGAUAUUGAGUCAUCUCUGACACAUAACAAAAAUGCUUCCAGGCUAUCGUUUGAUUGGGGUGCUGUUGGGAGAAUAGGUAACUCGACAACUAAACUGAGGCUCAACACAAUUUUUUGAGUUGAAUCAACUUAAAACUGUCAGUUCACAUAUUAAUCAAAUGAUGCCAGUACAACAUACUAACACUAUUUAAGUAAUUCAACAAAACUCUUUUUUUUUUUCAACUAAUGUAUACUUAAACUAUUUGCACAGAAACUAAUCUGGGUUUACAGUGUGUCUCACGUUUGUUUCCCUUUCAUUGAAGUGUUUAUUUUGCACCAAACACUGCUUAAAUAUAGUUUACAGCUUAAACCGACCUGAAUCAUCCCAAAUUGUAAAGUAAAAGUAUCAAUCCAGUGUCUGUGAGGCUCAGCAAAAAUACAGGACUAUCUUCACUUGUCUGGAAACCUGGCAACUUUGGACAAAUAUAGUGAUCCAGGACAAUAACAACUGCAUUCUUAGGCGGUGGUGGUUCUGGUGAACGCGUUGGUGUUGCAUGUCUGAAACUUGUACCAUAGUCUUUUGUCCAUGAGUUUGUAUUCAGAUCUAUAUCCUGUUGUUCCUUAGUUUCAGGAAAGGUUUCCUCUCUGGUUUUCCGCAGAUGUUUUCUGUUUCUCCUGUACUGUUUCCCCUAAGGUGUAUGGAUAACAAACGAUCUUGGAUGUUCAUGUUUUUGUAAGACCACAGCGGGCUGCCAGGCCUCUCCUCUUUGCACGUGGACAUUGUCUCCUGCUUGAAGAUCAGGCAGGUUCUUGGUAUGCCUGUCGAAGUAGAAUUUUUGAGACUCCUGUCUUUCUUUCAGCCUGCUGUGCACCUGGUCAGAUCCCUGUGGAGUAAGCAGUGAGGUUGCAGUUGGUAGUUUUCCUCUCAGCCGCCUGCCCAUUAACAGCUGAGCUGGUGAUAGUCCUACACCCUCCAGCGGUGUGUUGCGAUACUCAAAGAGUGAAAUGUAGGGAUCCCCAUUGCUGUCCUCAGCUUUCUUCAGCAGUUUCUUAAUAGAUUGUAUGGCCCUUUCUGAUUGACCAUUCCCUUGGGCAUGUCCCGGGCUGGAUGUACUGUGUUUAAACUCCCAGUCAUUGACAAAGUCUUUAAACUCAGCAUUGGCAUAAGCUGGUCCAUUUGUCUGAAAGCAAAUGAUCACAAAUGCCAUGUCUAGAAAAGAUGGAUUUCAGCGCCACGAUGACACUGCUGCUCGUGGUGUUUUUCAGCUUAACGAUUUCAGGGAACUUGGAGAAAUAAUCCACACACAGCAGAAAGUCAGAUCCUUUGAAAUGAAAGAUGUCCAUGCCUACUUUCUCCCACGGUCUCUCUGGUACUGGGUGUGAGAUUAAAGGCUCUCUUGGGUUACUGUUCUGGUGCUCCUGACAUGUGACACAUUAAGACACACACCUCAAUUUGUGAAGACAUGUGCGGCCAAUACAGAAUGUCUCUGGCUCUCGCUUUGCACUUCACAAUACCCAGGUGGGACUCAUGUAUUUUGUUCAGCAUUUCCUGCCUCAUCUGAUUUGGAACAAUGAGCUUUGCUGCUUUAAACAUCAGCCCAUCUGUGUGUGUGAUUUCAUCCCUGAAUGUUCAAUAAGGCUGGAUCAGUUUUGGUACUGCACUGCGUUCUUUGGGCCAUCCCCUUAGUGUGAUGUCUUUCAACAGCUGCAUUUCGGGGUCCUCUGCAGAUGCUGACCUGAACUUGUGCAGUUUCUCCUCCAAUACUGGAAGCUGAAGUGUGACUGAAUUUACCUCCGGGUCUCCCCAGCAGCUCUUCUUUCUGCUCAUUGAGAUAAGUGUGACUCAGCGCGUCUGCUAUAUGCAGCUCCUUUCCAGGAUAAUAUUUAACUUUCAGGCUGUAUCGCUGCAGCCUCAGCAGCAUCCUCUGAAGCCUCAUGGAGCUUGAUGCAAUGGUUUUUUGAAUAUGUUCUCCAGUGGCUUCUGGUCACUCUGUGGCGGCGGAAGCUCAGUCACUGCUCUCACUUUUUCAUCAUCUGGUUUCAGUCCACUGGCACUAAGCUUGUGUCCAAUGUAUUUUAUUCUGGUUGUUCUGAUUUUGCAUUUGUCUCUAUUCAGCUUCAGGUUGUUCUCCUUUGCUUGCUGCAGUAACAACCUCAGCUUGUGGUCGUGCUGCGCCACAGAGUCGCCCCAGACAAGCAAAUCGUCAAUAAUAUUUACUACACCCUCCAGGCCCUCGAUUAUCUGUGCGAUGGCCCUCUGGAACACCUCUGAUGCGGAAGAUAUCCCAAACGGCAACCGCAGGAACCUGUAUCUUCCUAAUGGGGUGUUGAAGGUGCAGAGCUUUGAGUUCUCUUCAUCAAGUCUGAUUUGCCAAAACCCUUUAUUAGCGUCCAGCACUGAGAAGUAUUUGGCGUUUGGCAUACGGGAAACUACUUCCUCCACUGUCAGUAAUGGGUAGUGCUCCCGUUUCAUAGCUUCAUUCAAGUCUUUUGGGUCCACGCAGAUAUGGAUUUUCUUAGGUGUCACAACAGUGACCAUACUAUUGACCCAGUCUGUGGGCUCCGUCUGCCUUGUUAUGACCCCCAUUUUCACCAUGCCAUGUAGUUCUCCACCACUCUGUCUCUGAUCGCCACGGGAACCCUCCUUGGUGCGUGUACGGCAGGGGUGACAGUGUGGUCAGUCUGAAUAUGGUGCUGACCAGGUAUGCAACCCAGUCCACUGAACAGGUCCUCAUAGUCUUUGAGAAUGUCAUCUUCCUUUAAGAUUUCAUGCAUCCUCUUCACCAAGCCUAGUUUCACACAAGUGUCUCCGCCCAGUAUAGCUGGUACAUCUUCCUGUGUGAUCUCAAACUCAAUGCUGUGCUUUUGUCCUUUAUAUUCACAGGUCAAAGCUCUCUUGCCCAAUGGUGCUAUUUUCUGACCAAAGAAAGCAACCAGCUUGCUCUUGCUGGCAUUAAGCCUGCCUCUGACCUCCAGUGCAUUGAAUGUUUUAAUUGACAUUGCAUUACAAUCUGCGCCAGUGUCCAACUUAAAGGUCACAACAUUGUUAUCAACUCUCAGGCUUUCUGUCCAUUUUCCUGUCUCAGUUUCGGUCUCAGCAGACUCCAUUAAUACUGAUGUGUUUGUCAUGCUCCACACUGAGUGUGCCAAUGAACAUGUCAUCCUCUUCCUCACUCUGCACUACAGCAUGCAUUCUCCUUCUGUAUUGCUGCGGCUGCUGCUGCUGCUGCUUCCAUGAGCCUGACUGACUCUGUGCCUGACUCUGUGAUCUGCACAUUUUAGCAAAGUGAUUUUUCUUUUGACACUUUUUGCAUAUUUGGCCAAGUGCAGGACAUGCAUUAGCUCCAUGUUUAAAGCCACAUCUAUUGCAGCUCGCCUCGGUCUGCUGUUCUGCUCUUGCUUUCACUCUAAAGUCUUUCUCACCCGCGCCUCCUCUCGCCUCCUCUCCCGGGACGUGAAGAAAUGUUGCACACUGUACUUUUUCAGACUUUUCCAACACUCCACUGGCGACGCAGAACAGUUCAAAGCACUGGCUCCAACACUUCCAGUUUUCAGCAAGAUUGCCUUGCAAACACAGGUUCGGCGGGGGUUGAAAAUGCGCCAUACCGUCUCACUUCAUCCGAACUACUUCUGACACCAUGUUGGAUACUGACAAGGCUUGACGACUUCUUAAAACUCACUUGAGCAACAAACAUACAGAACGGCACAAGAUAGAAUCCCCUUAGAUAUUGCGACAGUGCCGUUAAGUGCAACUGCUACAGGUGCCCACGAGGCACAUCCACUAAAAUAUUUCACAAUGUAGCACAAUAUAUCACAGUCAGGAUAAACAAAAUUCAUACAGACUUGAUUCUGAACACCACUUCAGAAAACAAGUGACCAAAUGAAUGGUUUGUACAAGUUAAAGGUUGUGACAUUGUUUGUCCUGUUUUUCAUCACAGUGCCUCAUGUCACCAGUGAACUAAAAAGAGCUCAUCAAUGUUUCUCUUUACACCAGGCAUGGCCGAUCUUCUACCUUAACAGCAGGUCUGAGUUUAGAGAAGGACUGGGAACCUGAUUGCCUCUCAGUUCACAAAAGUCAGACAUGGAGAACUGAUCAGUUCCAACAGAGAACUGAUAACCAGAUCAUCAAAGCUUACUGUUCUGUUGUGGUGCACUGCUGUUUCUGUUUCUGUGGUUCUUCUGUAGCGCAUCCUUUGUACCUCCUGAAAAUGUAGAUGUAAGUGUUCCAUAAAAUUGAUGUUAUUGGAUUGAAAUCCAUCUCUCUCUUUGAAUUGAAAUAUUCCUCUAGAAUAACAUUUCAUUGAGUUUAAUUGUUAAAAAAAAAUGUUAAAAAGCCCAG